CAGUGUGACACAGAAGAAAGACAAAGGAAAACAACGACCUCAAAUAGUUUCAGCCAUCUUAACUUCGUUAUCUAACUUGCAUCUGUACUGUAGUCCCUUUGUUUACAUCUCUGCAGAGUGCACGUUGUAGUCCCUUUGUUUACAUCUCUGCAGAGUGCACGUUGCACCAUCCCAAUUGCUAGAAGGAGAAAUGUUGGGAUAACGUGCCCCACAGCUAACAGAUCGCUACCGGGCGAGCUAGCUAGAUAACGGUCGCCAUGGGCGCGUUCUUUCGGAGCGAGGAGGUGUGUCUUGUGCAGCUCUUUCUCCAAUCAGGGUCAGCCUACAACUGCGUCAGCGAGCUUGGAGAGCUGGGUCUGGUCGAAUUCAGAGACAGGAAGUUUGUGAACGAGGUGCGGCGCUGUGAGGAGAUGGAGAAGUCCUUCACGUACCUGGAGCAGGAGAUCGGCCGGUCCCUGUUCCCCCCGCUGGCGGGUCCUCUCCCCACCCCCAGCCCUGUGCCCUCCGCUCCCCAGCCCAGAGAACUCAUGGCCAUCGAGGAGGAGAGCGAGAGGCUAGCCAGGGAGCUACGAGAGGUGUCCAGGAACAGAGACAGCCUGAUGAACCAGCUGAUCCAGCUCAGCCAAUACAGAGGGGUUUUGAUCCAGACACAGUCCCUCACAGUCUCACAGGCUCCGCCUCCCUCUUCUCUGGAGACUGCUGCAUUACUGGACAACAGACAAGACAUCAGGCUGAGUUUUGUGUCUGGCGUGGUCCACCCGUGGAAGGUUCCGUCAUUUGAGCGGCUGCUAUGGCGAGCGCGCCGCGGUUACAUCAUCGUCGACUUCAGGGAGAUGGACGAGAGGCUGGAGAGUCCUGAAACGGGUGAGAUGGUCCAGUGGACAGUCUUCCUCAUCUCUUUCUGGGGUGAGCAGAUUGGACAGAAAGUCAAGAAGAUCUGUGAUUGUUUCCACACCCACACCUUUGACUACCCAGAGGGCACGACGGAGAGAGAGAAGAUUCUGCACGGGCUGCAGGGAAGGAUAGUAGACAUCAAAACGGUCCUCUCCCAGACGGAACAUUACCUGCAGCAGUUGCUGUGUCGCUCGGUGGCACUGCUGCCCCAGUGGAAGGUGCGGGUCCAGAAGUGUAAGGCCGUUCAGGCCGUGCUCAACCUCUGCAGCCCCUCCGUCACUGACAAGAUAGAGGGAACGAGGAAGAACAAUAGUGGUGUGGACUCAUUCUAUAACCGCCUCCCGGACCCAAGCACCCCUCCUCCCACCCUCUUCCACACCAACUCCUUCACAGCCGGCUUCCAGAGCAUCGUAGACGCAUACGGUGUUGCCAGAUACAGAGAGGUCAACCCAGCGGUGUACACCAUUAUCACCUUCCCCUUCCUGUUUGCGGUGAUGUUUGGGGACGUGGGCCACGGCCUCCUCAUGACCAUGGCCGCUCUCUGGAUGGUGCUGCAGGAGAGAGACCUCAAACUCAGGACCAACGACAACGGGGUACACACACCUUACCACUCUCCUCGUGGAUGGUACUACAGGAGAAAGACCAGAGGACUGGAGCUGAUGCUAGAGCCUCUUCCCGGGAAGAGGAAAUGUGUGUUGGAAAAUGAAGUAUUUCAACUGGCCCAGCCACACACUGUACCCCUCUUGCCCUCUAUCUGCCAGAUGAUGUUUGGUGAGCUGUCGGAGGUGCUAUGGGUGAUGGUGAUACGCAUCAGCCUGUCGUGGCAGGGCUACAUGGGAUCUGUAGUUCUAGCAGUCAUCUUUUCCUUCUUUGCCACACUCACCGUCUCCGUCCUGCUCGUCAUGGAGGGGCUGUCCGCCUUCCUGCACGCGCUCAGAUUGCACUGGGUGGAGUUCCAGAAUAAGUUCUACAGUGGAACGGGAUACAAGCUCAACACUUUCUCCUUCUCCUCCAACCUGAACCCUCUAUAGGACAUUGUUACAGAGGAAGUACUCUACCUACAUAUAUAUAUGUACCCAACAGAAGCAUGUAUAAAGUUGUUCUAUAUACCGCUUUCAAACACAAGACAUUAUGUUACAAAUGAAGUACUGACAGAUAUAGGGUGUCUGGAAUGGCAACCUAUCCCUUAUAUAGUGCACUACUUUUGACAAGAGCCCUAUGAACCCUGGUCAAAGGUAGUGCACUAUAUGGGGAAUAGGGUUCCGUUUCAGAUGCAUCCAUAGACUAAUAAAAAUUGAUCAAACCAUAGCUUAUCUUGCAUAUGGUAUCAUAUUUGAAAAGGAGGGGAACUUGUGUAUAUAGUCAGCGUUUAGUUUUUGACUUGCAGUUUCUCUUUAAUGAUGAGCCUACAACAGAGAUGGCGACUGUAGGAGUGCACUACGUUUCCCAGGGACCACUGGGACACCGUUUUGUGCAUGGGAGCCUUCUAUGUUUUAACCACUUAUAAAUGAAUGCCAUUAAAUAAUGGUUUUAU